CUUUUCAAUCCCCCCCCCGAAAAAGGGGAGCAGCGCCUCCCCAGAGAGGCUCUCCCUGAGCCUCGCCGCUCAAGCCCCGCCUCCUGGGGCGGAAGCCCCGCCCCCAGGGAGCCCCCAGCCCCUAAGCCCCGCCCCUUAGGAGCAGGACAGCCCCCCCCUUCCUUUGCCCCAGCAGACCCUAGAAAGACCCCCCCCUCCAAAAAAAUCAGUGGUUAAACACAACCUAAUAUAGACCCCCCCAUAAUAGCUGGAGCCCCCUCCCCAAAUAGGGACCCCUCUCUAUUGCCCCCCCCAGGCUGAAGAGGGGGCCUGUGGCCCCCCUCCCCAAUAGGGAGAUAAGGGGUGUCCAUAUGGGGAGGGGGGAUUAGGCUAGCCCCCUCUUUGCACCCCCCCAACUGACCCUUCCCCUCCUCCAGGGGGUGCUUUUUAUCCCCCACCCACCCAAAAGGCCUGGGGGGGGUUGAGUGGGGGGCUCCCCUUCUUUUGCCCCCCCUCCCCUUCCUAGCCCCCCCCCCUUCCAGGGGGGGGAGAGAGCAGAGGCAGGCUUGCUCAGGGGGCAGGCAGUGGGGGGGUCUUGCCCACCCUCUUAAAUCGUGCCCCCCACCUCCAAAAUGGAGAAGGGCAAAGGGAGCCCGGCCUCUGCAGCUGGGGGGUCUGCAGGAGGAGGAGGAGGAGGAGGAGGAGGAGCAGGGAAGCUGCUGAUCUACACCAGCCUGGAUGCCAAGGAUGAGUUGGAAGAGAAGCUGGAAAGGUGCAUGGGGACGGUGACCUCUCUGACCGGCGGGCUCUCGGAGAGGGAAGCCAACGACGCCUUGAACGCCCACGUGUGCAAAGGUGCCCCCCAGCACGAGGAAGUCUGCCUGGGCCUUUUUACCAUGAUCCUGACGGAGCCUGCUCAAGCCCAGAAGUGUUACCGAGACCUGGCCUUGGUGAGCCGAGAUGGGCUAAGCACCAUAUUGACCAAGAUGAACCAGAUUCUCAUGGAGAAAUACCUCAAACUGCAAGACACCUGUCGCACCCAGCUGGUUUGGCUGCUGCGCGAGAUGGUGAGGAAUGGGAUCAUCGGCAUCGACGGGAAUUGCAUGACGUUCAUGAAACAGAUCGCAGGCGGAGAUGUCACCUCCAAGAACAUCUGGCUGGCUGAAAACAUCCUCGACAUACUGACAGAGCAGAGGUAG